CCAUCGCCACUUCUUCACCUCCGCUGCUUGCUCUGCUCUCUGCGCGAUGGAGCUAGGCCUCGCGCUCCGGCUCGCCGCGCCGCCGGCGCGUCUCCCCCGCCGGUGUACUGCACCGAUGUGCGCGCCAGGAAGGAGCGGCGUCCGCGCUGGGAGUAGGAGGGCUGGGGCUGUGUCGACGAGCGGGAGUGUGAGCUAUGCGGCGGUUGAGGACGAGGAGGUGGACGAGGGUGAGGAGGAGGAGAUGGCGAGGCCGCGGCUGGAGCUCAUAGAGAAGCCGGACCGGAGCCUGGCGCUGCUGGACGAGUACGAGUCGGAGGAGCUGGGGGCGGCGCUCUGCGCCAACCACCGCAGCGGCUAUGUUGCUGUGUUGGGGAAACCGAAUGUCGGCAAGAGCACCCUGAUAAACCAAAUUGUGGGUCAGAAGCUUUCGAUUGUAACGGAUAAGCCGCAAACCACGCGCCACCGCAUUCUUGGUAUAUGUUCGGAACCAGAAUACCAGAUAAUACUUUAUGACACGCCAGGCGUCAUUAAGAAGGAAAUGCACAAGCUAGACUCGAUGAUGAUGAAGAAUGUCCAGAGCGCUAUUGGCAAUGCAGACUGUGUGAUUGUCGUCGCUGAUGCUUCCAAAGUGCCUGAAAAGAUAGAUGAUAUGCUGGAAGAGGGUGUGGGAAACAAAGAAACCAAGGUCCCUGUUGUGUUGGUACUCAACAAGAAAGAUAUGAUAAAACCUGGAGAAAUUGCAAAGAAACUCGAGUGGUACCAAAAAUUCACUGAUGUUGAUGAUGUUAUACCAAUAAGUGCUAAAUUUGGUCAUGGAGUUGAUGAUAUCAAGGAGUGGAUACUGUCAAAGCUUCCUCUGGGUCCUGCUUACUACCCCAAGGACAUAGCCAGUGAACACCCUGAGAGAUUUUUUGUGGGAGAAAUAGUGAGGGAAAAGAUUUUUCUUCAAUAUAGGCAGGAAAUUCCAUACGCAUGCCAGGUUAAUGUUACAAGUUACAAAAGCAGGCCUAGUGCCAAGGAUUUUAUUCAAGUUGAGAUACUUGUUGAGAGGGAAUCACAAAGAAGCAUUAUACUUGGGAAGGAUGGGAAAGCCAUAAAGACACUGGCUACAGCAUCAAGGCUUGACAUUGAAGAUUUCCUUCAAAAGAAGGUUUAUCUUGAGAUAGAUGUGAAGGUGAAGGAAAACUGGCGGCAAGAUGAACGGCUUUUGAAACGUUACGGCUAUGGCGGGGAGAUCCAAGCGCUAUAAAUACAAGCGUGCCAUCAUCAUCACGUCAUGAGAGUAGGAAAUAGUCCUGUUUCUUCUUUUCUUUUCCUCUUCCCCUUGUUGAGUUGAGGUAUUUAGGUGUUGAAUGCAGGUUGAAUUAGAUCAGUUAUUAGUCAGGAACUCUUACCAAAUUUUGAUGUAAACAUCACCAUGAAAUCAUUGCUUCUCCGUCGAAAUUGUAUUGAGCUCUGUCCCUGUAGAUAGCCUGCAGUGGUGCAAUGCCAAUUCAAACCUCUGUC